UUCACCCUUAUACGACAAUAACCAUUACCACGAAGAAUGUUUGCGGUGCAACAGUUGCGGUCUCAAUUUGACCGGACCCAAUCAGAAGCGAGCGCGCCGCUUCAAGAACCAAAUCCUGUGUGACCUGCACUUCGCCGACGUAGCUCUCAUGGAGUGCUCGGAUUUCAUGCAACAACUUCGUUCCUUUAAGCCACAAUCGCUAGGGUGCGCUGUAGCUAGGAGAAAAUCCUCUACCACGCUUAUUUUUCCGCUUCCUCCGCAAGCUUGCUCUGAUGAGUUUUGCGAAGAAUUUCCUCACAACUUUAUUCCUACACCUGGAUACUGGAUAGAGUGUUCCCGACAAAAGAUAACUUCCGAUACCAUCUGGGAUGAAAGCGAGUCUGAGCACGAUAAUGAGAUACAAGAGGGAGAAGAAGAAGAUGAGCUUCACACGGACGGGAUGGAUCAUGACAACGGGAUAUCAGCCUUUCGAAGGAAAGAUCGAAGUUGUAACGAUUUGUACGAAGAUGACGAAGAUGACACAUCUUCUCCAAAAAAGAAAACCACCAUAGAAGAGCAAUGGGAAAAGAAUCAAGGAUUCGAACUUACUAGCGUGGAGCAAGAGACUUAUGAGAAGUAUUUUUAUGGUACUGAACAUUGGAAUUACUUCACAAAUGAUGAGGAUCUAGGUCCAGUAAUUUUAUCUAUUAAACAAGAAACGCUUAACUCCAGGGAUCAAUUUAGAAUACUCGUUAGGGCAAUUAGCUAUACAGUCCACGGUUUAAUUCCAGCCAGUUGCGUAUUUGCAGAUCGAUAUAAUCGAGAGGAAGUAGUUCGAUCUUUAGGCAAGGAAGUCAACAUUAACCCGCCCCUUAUUCUCGGACAACUUCCUGAUACACCCGAAGAAUUACUUAAACUAGAUCAGGUAUUUAUCAAAUCUGAACUUAAAGUUGGAGUGAUUUAUGUAAAAGAAGGACAGUACACCGAAGAAGAAAUCCUAGACAAUAAUGACAACUCAUUCCUUUUCGAAGAAUUUCUUCAAAUUCUUGGCGAAAAGGUCAGAUUACGUGGCUUCGAUAGGUAUAAAGGGGGUUUGGAUACCGUACACGAUUUAACAGGACUUUAUUCGGUAUACACAAACUGGAGAAACAUUGAGAUAAUGUUUCACGUCAGUACUUUAUUGCCAUAUGAAAGACACGAUCCCCAGAAACUUCAAAGAAAAAGGCACAUUGGUAACGACAUUGUGUGUGUGGUUUUCCUGGAAGCAGAUAAUACGUCAUUCUCUCCAGCUUGUAUAAAAAGCCAUUUUUUACAUACAUUUAUAUUAGUUCGAACAUCUCCUCGGAUUAAGCGGAAACCGACACAUUAUGAGGUAUCUGUGGUGACAAGAGACGAAGUGGGAGCUUAUAAACCUUAUUUGUGGGAACAAAGUGUCUUUGAUAAGGGUCCGAUGUUCAGAGAAUGGUUGCUAACGAAAAUUGUUAAUGGAGAACGAGCCAGUUAUUCGGCUCCUAAAUUUGCCAGAAUGCAAGAGAGGACAAGAUCACAAAUGUUGGAGGAUAUUGUUGCCAAUUUGCAAAAUCAUGCGGAAACUGGACAAAUUCCAAAACCUUAUAGGCGAGGCUCUUGGAGACCAAUUGGACAUAUGAGACCGUCUUCACCUCUACUAGAUAGUGUUCGAGAUCAAUUUGAAGACUAUGAUCAAAUUGCUAAAGACUUUACGAGAAUGUUUUUGAACAAUGAAUCUAAUACCUUAACAAAUGCACAAUUGUUUGAUGUGACUUUCCUCGUAGGCCAAUCAAAACAAAAGGUGAAAUUAGUGGGAGUUAGAGCAAUAUUAGGGGUUCGGAGUCGAGUCUUUCAGGAAAUGCUUUAUGGUAUUCAAACAGGAUUUGGAUCUCCGCAAGUUCCUGUAGCAGAACUUCUAGCUAGACCUGUUCCUACACUACUCAGUCCUCAACAAGCUCGACCUAAAAGUAGCAACUUCCUUCAAGUUCCAGACAUAGAAUCUCCGCGACCAAAGAGCGUACCCAGCUCUCCCAUGGUAAAAAGGGCCUUUACAAGAUUAGGAACGAUAACAGCAGGUUGGGGUAGAUCUAUAAGAAAACACAAUGCUCAGCAGCUUUCUGCUGAGGACAAAAAGAAAUGGGCCAGCAGCCAAGACUGUUCAAAUAAAGACGGUAAAGACAAGGACGGAAAGGAAAAGCCUUCGUUGUCGCAACUACCCGUUCCAAGGUUGAGCGUGUGCGCGGAUGCUCAGAAAGUGGAUAGAGCGAAACUUGCCCAGACUGAAUUUUCCAUUAUUGAAUUCGAUGCUGAGACGUUUCGAGUUCUUCUGGAUUAUCUUCAUACAGGGUCGUGUCCUCUUACAUGCUCCACUAUUCCCGGUCUUAUUUGUGCAGCUGAGCAUUAUGAUUUGCCGGAACUUCUGCAAGCAUGUUUCCACCACGCCAAACAGUUUUUAAGAAUAGAAGUUGUGUGUUGUAUGUUGUGUUCGUUAGAGAAUUAUUAUUGGAGGUAUACUUCGGCCUCUGAACUUGUUAAUAUGAUAUUAGCUUUUGUAGAAACAAGAGCUUCUACUUUAUUUCAAACUACCGAAUUUCUCAAUCUAAGCGAAUCGAUGGUGCAGAUGAUUAUGUGCAGGAAUCUGGAAGUAGCUGAAGUCCUGAAAUUCGAAGCGAUGCUGGCAUGGGCAAGGCACAAAAUUCGUACAAAGACUUCUAGUAAACUCGAUGCCAAGUUAGAAUUUAAGUGUAUAAUGGAAAGACUAGCUAGAGAUCUUAAGCUGUAUAGGAUAACGCCACAGGAGCUCAUCAAGGUUGUGUUACCAUCAAAAGCUAUCAAGAAUGAGCGAAUAUUGGAAACCUUAAUGUUCCAAGCCAAUUCUGGUAUGUACAGGAUACAAGAUUCCUAUUUGAAGGAAUGCACACAAAGACUGCAAAAACAAGACUCCCGAUUUUCAGAAAUGGAGUCUUUCGACUACAGCAACUAAAGACUAGGACAUUUUAGUAUAGAAGACAAUCAUUUCAUGAAGAUCAUAAAGUAUAUACUGUGCUUUCUAAAUUAUGUGUAGAUUACAUUCAGAGACAUACGAAUGAUUAAGAUUUUGCUAUUAAGUUACAGUAAAAAUUAAAAAUUACGCUGGUUAACUACUGAUUUAUCCAUAUCAUAAGGAAUGUUUUUUAUUUUUUACGAAAUUUUUUAUGACCUAACGUUAUAAGAGACUUUUAUCGCUUUUCAAAAAUUUUUAAGAGUUCGUUUAAAUUUCUAACAGAACUUCAUAUUUUCAUUCAUAUCAUUAAUAUAGGUCGAACUUUUAACCGUCUGUGUUUUAUACAGGGUAUCGAGAAAGUAUGGAAACACGGUAAUUUCUCGUAAACCGCUUAAACUAUUUUUAUAAAUUGUAGUGGGUAAGUGUGCUUUAAUGCGACCGAUAUUAUAGUGGUAAUUACAUUGUUGUCAAGUCUUCCGUUUUUCUGGAUAUCUAAUGAAUUUUCAUAUUUUAAAUGGAACACCCUGUAUAUUUUUUGCCUUUUGAAGGUCCCUAAAAAAUACUAAUUAUUUUUCAUGCUAUAUUCCCUAUACCUAAAUACCAUAAUUUAGGAGUUGUUGCUCCAAUUAUUAAAAAAAAUGUUUAAUUAAUUAUAAAUAUCAAUUUUUUCGUCCCCGGUAGACAUUAUUUUGGGUUCUUUGUAUCAUUGGGAACAAAAAAGGUCUUUUGUAAUUUUAUUUUCCUCUAAAUUUUCCAUUUCCGAGCUAUAAACAAUUUAAAACUGGAAAAAAUCUAAAAAUGACGAUCUUCAAGGUUCAAAAACACAAGUACAAAAAUCAUUUUUUAAAUUGGAAAGUACCUAAAUUCAAGCUCAAGUAUUUUUCUAUCAUAUCCCUAUAAGUACUUUUUGGCAUGUUUCAUUCUAAAACAUUGUUUUUUUUAAUUGUUAAUAAAGCUCAUAUGAGAGGACGGGCGAUCGGGCUGCAUUAACAACUAAAAAAUAAUGUUUUAAAAUGAAAUAAGACCAAAUCGCUUAUCGGUACCUAUACAAUAAGAUUUGAACUUGAAUUAAGGUGCUUCUUAGUUUAAAAAAUGAUAUUUUUUACUUGUGUUUUUAAACCUAGAAAUCGUCAUUUUUCGAUUUUUUUCAGUUUUAAAUUGUUUAUAACUCGGAAACGAUUAACUUUUGAGCAAAAUUACAUAAGACAUUUUUUGUUUCAAAUGAUCCAAAGAACCUAAAAUAAUAUCAACCCGGGUCAAAAAAAUUGAUUUUUAUAAUUUGUAAUUUUUUUUUAAUAAUAUAUAUAAUCUUUAGACCUUCUACCCUCUCGGGUGUAGGUAUUAACGUGUGCUCUGUUAACAGUGCACAAAUCUCUUCCAUUGUUUCCUGUCCUGUGCCAUCGCCUUUGCUUCGUUCCAUGCUAUUCCUUUUUUGUCCAGAAUCCUUGCCAUCACUUCGUUCCAUGUCUCUCUCGGUCUUCCUCUACUUCUUUUUCCCUGCACCUUCGUUUCCCAUAUCUUUUUAACUGGUACUUCUUUCUGUAGUCGUUGUAGAUGACCCCACCAACUUAAUUGUUUUUUUUCAACAUACUCCAUCAUUGUCUCGAUUUUCAGUUCUUCUCUUAUGUAGUUAUUUCUUACCCUAUCCCUUCUAGUGACUGCUUGAACUCUGCGUAGAUACCUCAUUUCUGCUGCCUGUAUCUUACUUUUCUGUUGUCUAUUUAGUACCCAGGAUUCACAUCCGUAUGUAAGUACUGGUCUGUAUAUAGCCUUAAAUACCUUGAUUUUCGUAUGUUUCGAUACUUCUUUCUUGUUAAUAAUUGUUUUUCCUAUUGCGUGGUACAGUCUAUUCACUUUAUCAAUUCUUUUGUUGAUCUCAGCUCCCUGUCUACCUGUUUCUUCAAUGGUUACUUCCAAGUACUCGAAUGAUUGUACCUGUCUAAUCUCUGUAUCAUCUACCUGGACAUGCACAUCCUCUCUUUCUUUAGCUAUUACCAUUACCUUCGAUUUCUCUUUGUUCAUAGUCAUACCAUACUUUUUUAAAACUGUGUUCCAUGUUUUUACGCUUCUUUGUAGCUCGUCUUCAGUCGCUGCUAAAAUUACUACAUCGUCGGCAAAUGUACAAUCUGCUAUCUCCGUGCUUUUCAGAUUUCUAUACCCUAUGUGUAAUGGCCUGACUUUUGUUUUUGUUUCUUUUAUUAUUUCGUCCAUAAAAGUAAUAAAUAGUAGGUAACGGGCUCAAGCUUCCCCCUUGUCUUACACCUUCAGUUGUUCUGAACUGGUCAGAUAUCAUAUUUUUACUUAUCACACGGUUUCUAGUGUCUCUGUAUAUUGAUUUAGUUACCUGUAUAAGCUUCUCUGGUAUGUUUCUGUUCUUCAGACAUUUCCAUACUUUUGAUCUAGGGACUUUGUCGAAUGCUUUUUCCAUAUCAAGGAAAC